AUGGCUACCCAACCUGUGGGCGAGGCAAGUCAGCAGCUUUGGGAUGAAACUCUCUCUCGUUUAUUUAAUUUGUCGACUUCAACCGUAAGGCGUAAUACCGAGCUUGAGAGCCGUGUUGCAGAUCUCGAACUAGAACUGUCUGUGUGGAAGCAAGCACAUGCAGUUGCCGUCGAGGCCAAUGAACGCGACACCAGAGUGCACAAUGUGCAACUAGCAGCGCUUAACAGGCAAAUAUCUAAUCUGGAUGGGUUCAAAAAUAACAACAAUGCUCUUAUCCUUUGUAUUAUCAAUGGAGAUGAAUUUGUGUUUAAUCGGGAUCUUCUCCACCAAGGCUACCAAGGAGGUAGAACUGCGGCUCAGCGUCUCACCCAGGCAAUAGCCGAGCAACUAGCCGGCGAAGAAAUACAUGUCUUCGGGCGGUUGUCGUUCUGGAUUACGAUAUAUCUUAACAGGUCAGAUCUUACAGAAGACAUCGUUGGGAACGGAAUCUGCACGCAAGAACAAUUUCACGAUUUUUUAUCAGGCUUCACGCAAGCUUCACCUAGGUUCUCCAUCAUCGACGUUGGUAACAACAAGGAUGCUUUAGAGGCCAAAAUAAAAGAAUACAUUCAAAUCUAUGCCUACUUCCCUCAAACUUUGCGUAUCUUUUUCGGUGGAUACGACCCUGUGGCUUAUAUGUCGACUUUAAGCGCCCUCGAAAAGGAUCAAAUGCUUGGCAAACUUGUGGUUUUGUAUACAUCUCACACCCACGAGGGCAACAACGAAAGACCUAAUGUCUUCACACUGCCGCGAAUGAUUCUCGAUGGCCUUUUUCUAUCAGAGAAGUUAUCUCGAGCACCUAAAAAGCUAGCACCCCUCUCCACGGGUCCAUUCAGCGCUGUAACAACUAAUGGCGGACUUAUCAGCCCACAAUCCCCACCACGACCUCCUGGGCGUCCCAUAGACCCUUCCCUGCCUCUACAUAAACAGAACCCACCUCCUUGUAACGAAUUCUAUCUAAUGACAUGUUCUAAAGGGGUUGGAGUGUGCAAAUAUUCCCAUGACUAUAACCUUACUAGCGAUCAGCUGGUUUCACUUGCGAACAAUGCGAAGAAAGCACCGUGCAACUGGCUCAAGAAUGGUACCAUCAACCCGCUUUCUGUGUAUAGUUAG